AUGUCAUUACAUCGUAGAUUUUUGAGCUCUUCCUUCAAAAGUUUAAACAGCAUAGUCAGGAACGCCAACUCCUAUAGAUACUAUUCGAUUUUAUCAUGUUCUAGAUUUAACAUUGUUGAAUCUUCCGGUGUGUACCGAGAUAAAGUUGUCCACCUGAAGUACAACAACAACAAUCAGCCAGUUUUCGUCGGUAACCGUCAUUUCUCUAAAGAUGUUAAAGUCAUAAAUGUACCCACUUUGGGCGAUUCCAUCAGCGAGGGUACUCUGACCAAAUGGGCAAAGUCAGUCGGAGAUUUCGUCCACGUCGACGACGUCAUUGCCGUUGUUGAGACUGACAAGGUUACGCUUGACGUAAACGCGCCAGUGGCUGGAGUGUUGGUGAAGCAGUACUCUGGAGCCGGGGAGACCAUCUUCGUCGGAAAGCCGCUGGUUGAGCUUGAUACCUCCGCCAAGCCGCCGGAGAAGGCGCCUGAGCCCAAGGAAGCGCCAAAGGCAGAGGAGCCUGCACCUAAGCCCUUUGAGAGUAAGCCGCCUCCGAAGGCAGAGUCCGCGCCCGCGAAGGACACAAAGCCCGCUGCCCCGAAGCAGCCCCCUCAGGCCGAUCCGAAGCCUCUGAGUGCCCUUGAAGGCCCAGGCCCUUUGAGCAUGGGACCCCCAAAAGUCGUGCCUGCCUCGGACAUGGAGCCUGAAACCAGAGUUCCCCUGACGAGGAUGCGCAUGAGGAUUGCAGAGAGACUCAAGUACGCUCAGUCCGAGAACGUGAUGCUGACGACCUUCAACGAGUGCGACAUGAGCGAGAUCACGAGAGUGAGGAAGAUGCUCAACGAGUCGGGCGAGGUCUCCUGUAAACUCGGCUUCGUGUCGGCGUUUAUGCGCGCGUCCACCCUCGCUCUGCUGAAGAUGCCCAUUAUGAAUUCAUACAUUGACGGAAAUGAGAUGGUCACUAAAAACUACGUUGACAUUUCAGUUGCCGUCGCCACCCCGACUGGCCUGCUCGUGCCGGUCGUCAGGAACUGCGAGUCCAAAAACUGGGAAGAUCUCGAACUCUCGCUCGCCGAUAUGGCCCUUAGGGCCCGGGAGGGCCGCAUAACUGUGGAAGACAUGACUGGAGGCACCUUCACGAUUUCAAACGGCGGAGUCUACGGGAGCCUAAUGAGCACGCCCAUAAUUAACCCCCCUCAGUCUUCAAUUUUAGGUAUGCACGCGAUAAUAAAAAGGCCGGUUGUGCGCGACGACGCCGUUGUCAUACGACCGAUGAUGAAUCUUGCCCUGACCUACGAUCACAGACUCAUUGACGGAAGGGACGCCGUUACAUUUUUGAAUACCAUAAAGAAGUUCAUUGAGAACCCGUCCCUGUUACUUCUCAAAUAG